AAGGAUGGAUUAUUUUGUUGUGAAUGAACCACAUAUUUUUUUUUUUUUUACAGAUUUAACAAACUAAUAGAUUAUAAAAUUUACAACUUUUUUCUUUCUUAAUCAUUAAUUUCAUUUAAUCCAAUCCUCCCAAUAAUCCACCCAAAACCGCUGCUUAAAUGGGGUUAUGGGUUGCACUUUUAAAAACCCGCCAAAUAAAAAACUGCGCAGACCACCCAAUUUGCUCGCUGUGCUCCGUAGUUGGAACCCUAGGAAACUGAAUUAUUUUUGAAAGGUUUAUUUCUGAAUGUCAGAAAUCAAGGCAGUGGUUGGCCUAUCAUGGGAACCAAAGUUGCCCAAUUUGUCAUCUGCAAAGGGCUUUGCUUCUAAUGCUACAACAACUCAUAAAAAUCAGCCUGAAAGCAGUGUAGUUUGGAAACCCAGUUCAGAGCUUGUUGAUGGGCUUUUUGUUCCACCAAAUGACCCUAAGAAGUUAAACAGGAUACUCAGAAAACAAAUCAAAGAUACUGCUGGGCAUAAUUGGUUUGACAUGCCCGCACCAACCAUCACCCCUGAGCUCCAAAAAGAUCUUCAAUUGCUUAAGUUGAGGAAUGUGAUGGAUCCAAAAAGGCAUUACAAGAAGGGUGAAUCAAAGUCAAACAAGUAUUUCCAGGUGGGAACAAUCAUAGAGUCUCCACUAGAUUUCUUUGAUGGUAGAUUAACAAAGAAAGAAAGGAAGACAUCUCUUGCAGCCGAGCUGCUCUCUGAUCGCACUCUUGGAGCUUACAGGAAGCGCAAGGUUCGCGAAAUAGAAGAGAAAAAUCAACCUGGCGGGAAUAAUAAAUGGAAGAUAAAAGGAAAACACCCGAAAAACCGAGCAAACCAAAGAAGACAUUGAUUUUUAUUUUUCUUCUUUCUUUGUAAACUGAUUCCAUUAUUGAAGAUGCAACUAAACUGUGUGUGUCUAUGUUUCAGGUUUAGAUUUUAGAUCACCAAAGUUCCAACAUUUUUGUUCUGAUGAAAAUGUAAUAUUAUAAUGUUAACUAAGCUAAUAGUAUUAUUUGUUCCUUUCAAGUAAAA